AUGGUCAAACCACUAUCUUUUAAAGGCGACAAAAAAGUCAAAAAGCGCAAGCACCGCGACGACGACACCGAGUCCUCCACCGUACGCAAAGCCCGAGCCGAAUCAACCCAAGAUCAGAUUCAAGAAGACGCCGCCGCCGACGAAGACAGCCAGAACUGGGUCUCAGCCGACGUGCCCACCGACAUCAACGGGCCCAUCAUCAUCGUGCUCCCUUCAACGCCGACGCCGACCUGCAUCGCCUGCGACGUGAACGGGCAGGUGUUUGCGAGCGAGCUCGAGAAUACAGUUGACAACGAUGCGCGCACCGCCGAGCCGCAUGACGUUCGCCAGGUGUGGGUUGCGACGAGGGUGGCGGGCACAGAAGGCCUGAGUUUCAAGGGGCAUCAUGGGCGAUACUUGAGCUGUGAUAAAUACGGCAUUCUGAGCGCCACGGCCGCCGCUAUAUCGCCCUUUGAAUCGUUCAUCGCUAUCCAGCCGCCCGACACGCCGGGAAUGAUUGCAUUUCAAACGCAGGGUGGCGAGGGCGAGACGGAGACAUAUCUGACCAUGCGGGAGAAGACAAGCAGCAGUAAUAGUAAUCGUGGCGAAGAUAGGAACAAACAGAUCGAAAUCCGCGGCGAUGCAAGCUCGAUAACAUUCGAAUCUACGCUGCGAGUGCGUAUGCAGGCCCGCUUCAAGCCCAAGAUCAGAGCGUCAAAGGAGAGUAAAGCAAAGGAGAAGAUUUCGAGGAAGGAACUUGAGGCGACGGUGGGGAGGAGGCUGGAGGAUCAUGAGGUGAAGAGACUGAAGAAGGCGAGGAGGGAAGGGAAUUAUUAUGAAGAGGUUUUGGAUGUGAGGGUUAAGGGUAAACAUGACAAGUUUGCGUCGUGA